GGGCUAGCGUGCGCCACCUGGAUACACCUGGGGGGCAUGUGGACCGGAGAAGAAGAGACGCGGAAAUGAGCUAAGCUAAGCUAAGCUAAGCUAUAUUCGAUCCGCCGCCCACCCUCGCGCGAAUCCGCCGCGCCGACUACCUGGGACCCACAGACAGCGCCUCUCCGCCGCACCGCCCCGCCGGCCGUCCUCCACCAGUUCUGGGCUGGUGACACCGUAACGGAUUUAUCUUGGAAAACUCGGAAGUGCUCCGGGGAGUUUGGCCUGGAAUUUACUUGUUGAGUUAUCACAAGAGUGGUGGCUCCAUACUGGUUCGGUAUUUGUGUCUUUACUCCUGGCCUCUGGAGCACCGAAGAAGUGAAGAGUGGGGGAUAUUGUCGUGGUAGGCCACAUACCUAUUAAUAGACCGCUGUAAACGUAGUGCAUAGUGGACACUGAAAGCACUAUUCGGCUUUCUAAAGAUAGAUUGCUAUAAUGGAGGAUAGGAGGACAAUUCUGAUGGACCGUUAUGAAAUCGGGAGGCAAUUAGGGCAAGGGAACUUUGCCAAGGUAUAUUAUGGUCGGAAUCUCGCAGGUGGACAGGCUGUUGCGAUAAAGAUGAUCGAUAAGGAGAAGGUUUCGAGGAUUGGUUUAAUUGUGCAGAUAAAGAGGGAGAUCUCAAUAAUGGGAUUGGUAAGGCAUCCCAACGUGUUGAAGCUUUUCGAGGUAAUGGCUAGCAAGAGCAAGAUUUACUUUGUUUUGGAGUAUGCCAAGGGCGGCGAGCUUUUCAACAAAAUAACCAAGGGAAAGUUAAGCGAGGAUGCUGCGAGGAAAUACUUCCAUCAGCUCAUCAGUGCCGUAGACUACUGCCAUAGCCGAGGUGUUUAUCAUCGCGACUUGAAGCCGGAGAACCUACUCCUGGAUGAGAAUGAAAACCUUAAAGUCUCUGAUUUCGGUCUAAGUGCCCUGGCCGAGUCCACGAGACAAGAUGGCCUCCUCCACACCACCUGUGGAACUCCAGCUUAUGUUGCUCCUGAAGUGCUUAGCAGGAGAGGCUAUGAUGGUGCGAAGGCUGACAUAUGGUCCUGUGGAGUAAUUCUGUUUGUGCUGGUGGCUGGUUUCCUUCCUUUUCAUGACACAAAUCUUAUAGAGAUGUAUAGGAAGAUCUCCAGGGCUGAAUAUAGAUGCCCUCGCCCUUUUUCAGUUGAGCUGAGGGAUCUACUGUAUAAGAUUCUUGAUCCAGACCCAAGCACUAGAGCUUCCGUUUCAAGGAUAAAGAGAAGUGCUUGGUACAGGAAACCCGUUGAUGUAAAUGGACUGAAGAUUAAACAAGAAACAAGAGACAAGGUUCAGAAAGGUGAACGCACAACCUCUGAAUCAACAGAAGGCAGCAAUUCAGAGGUUAACCAAGAAGCGUCAUCAAGCCUCACAAACUUGAAUGCCUUUGACAUAAUUUCUCUCUCAACUGGAUUUGACCUAUCCAAUUUGUUCGAAGAAAAGUAUGGCCGGAGGGAGGACAGAUUUACCACUAGGCAGCCAGCAGAGGCUAUAUUUGCCAAGCUGAAUGAAGUGGCCAAGAAAUUGAAGCUCAAAAUCAAGAAGAAAGAAAACGGUGUCUUGAAAUUGGCAGCACCAAAGGAAGGAAUGAAGGGCAUUCUUGAGUUUGACGCAGAGGUUUUUGAGUUUGCGCCUUCUUUGCAUUUAGUUGAAUUAAAGAAGACCAAUGGAGACACUAUAGAGUAUAAACAACUGAUGAAACAUGAGAUAAGGCCCGCACUUAAGGAUGUGGUUUGGGCGUGGCAAGGCGAGUCGCACCCGCUCCCUGAGAAAUUUAUCCGAGGAGAGCAGCAGCAGUCACCUUUGCCAUCACAGCAGCAGCAACCACCUUUGCUAUCGCAGCAGCAGCAAUCACCUUUGCCAUCGCAGCAGCCACAGGAGUAAUCGGCCCCAUUGCCAAUCUGCUACCACAAAGGCACAGGACAAGAUGCAGCCACUGCCGCCAUGGCAUCAGCAGUACCUACCAAAAACUAUUGUUGGCAGCACCUACAAACCAUGCGGAGCGUUGCAACGUCCAGGACCAGUUUGCUGUCGCAGCAGCUGCAUGAUUUGUUCAAACAGCCAGUGCCAUAUGACUUGUUGACAGACUUGUCACCGGUUCAUCAGGUUUAUCUUGUGUUAGUAGUAGAUCAGUUGCCUACCAUUUGGCAUUUCCCCCUUCUUUUUAGCUCCUUUUGUAUUGCUGUAUUUUCUUCUGAUGUUGUAUAUUCCCUCUUUGCCAAAAGCACGCUCAAUUUUGGGGACCUUUGUGGACUGCAGAAAUUUGUGUUCGGUGUGACUGAAGAUAUUGAAUAGCUAUAACAGAAAUCAUGGCAUGCAGCCAUCACCAUAUCUAGAACACUCUAAACUAGGUAAAUGGAUGUAACCAUGUGAUGUGUGGAACCUGUGUGAGUGAACAAACAUCUAUUUGGAAUC